AUGCAGGCUAUCCGCAAGAACGUCGAGAGAAUGCGGUGUUUUCAGGCUCGCAGCUCGCAGGUGCAGGAGGAUGAGUGGCUUGUCGAGGCGGAGACAAAAGCCAAGCGGAUCGCCCUGGCUCAUGUCUACUUCAGUAUGGUGACGGGUUCGAUGCUGCUGAUACUGCUUGUGAUUCAAAGGUCGAUGAUGAAAUCCCCUCAGUUCGGAUCCGAAGCCUGGCGGUGGCUGGUACUGACUUUCUUCGCGACCUCAUCAAGCUAUGUUCUUGUGCCCAGCUUGCGCAGACCCUGCACUCACAACUUCUGGUACGCUUUUCUGAUGGCGAUCGGAGGCACUGCCAUUAUUUACCAGGCCGCAAAUCCGGAGGAUGAAAAUGCAUGGCCAUCUCCACAAACCUCGCUACAGAUUACAGGGCUCGUCCGCAUCCCUGCCGUUUGCCUGACUAAGAACAUUCGAUUGGUGGCUCUCUGCAACGUAGCCAUUGUCGUGCUGGCUGCCGUAUUCUCGCCUUCCGCACGAAUUGGCUUGGAGAUGGUCAGUGCCGUGGCCGCUGUCAUCUCUGCGAUUGCAAUGCGGGUGUGCCUUAAGCGAUCAGCAGAGCGAAGUGUCAGUCUAAGCAAGAUGAGCAGUGAUCUCCAAGCUGCACGGGCACUGCUGCAGCUCAUCUGCGACGCUGUGGUUGAGCUGGACGAGUCUCUCCGGCUCUCACACCACUCGCCUGAGCUCGCCGCAAUCUUGCUGCGGGAUGCCAGUCCAGCCAGGCGGAGCCUCCAGGGCAUGCGAUUUAGAGACUUCGUCGCGACACCAGAGGAAGCAGCCAAAGCACAGAAAGAACUGCUCGGGGUGUCAAGCCUUUCAGCAGCAUCGGCCUUCCACACGCGCUUGGUUGAUGCCUACAACAGCAAGUUCCGGACUGAGGUUUUCCACGUGAGAUAUCAACAGAAUGGCAGGACCAGCCACUUGAUCGGCCUCCGAGACUUCACCGAUCAGACCUCCCUGGCCCAGCGAAACUCUCGCAUCGAUUCGAAUGAAUCAGCUUUGAACGUCAGCUCAGACAAGGUUUCGGUGAGCCGGCCGGCCCCAUUACUUCCGCAGUACAAUGUAUUGCUGCUUGUUGAUCUGCGCAAGAGGGUGGUGGAGGCUUCAUCGCUUUCGGCAUCUGGCCUGCUGGGUGCUGGUGUUCUUGAUCUCUUUCCUGACUUUGGAGCGGAGCUGCUGAACAAGGCAAGCGAGGCUGGCACGGCAGACUCGACACGAAGGUUCUGCUUCGAGAAUGUCACGGUCCGGUGUGGCCCGGGGCAGACGGACAGCAUCGAUGGUACUGCGGAGGUCCUCUGUUUUUUUCCAGGAGCUCCCAAAAUACUGCUUUGCUGUUCGGGCACCGCGAGCUCAAGCACACUGUCUCAGCAGGACUCGGCACUUUCUGAGCAAGACUCCGGCAAAAUGCUUCCAGUGCUGCCUUCAGCCGUUGGUUUGUCAGACGAGUUGGUUUGA